GGAAAUUAAAUGAGAUUGAAUCGUGGCAAUAGGGAGGUCACUACAUUCAGAGAAACUAUCUUUCUGGACAUGGUACAAAAUAAAAGCAUCCGGAUAUUAUAUGCAGUGAUAUUCUCAACUACACUCGUUGUAAAAAGUACUUCAAAUAACGUAUGCCCCACAUCGCCAUGCUUUUGUGUCAACGCCACAGUGGCAGACUGUUCCAGUAGGAAGCUAGAAACUCUACAACCCCUUCAUGGCACAAUCCCUGCAAGUGUAACAAACUUAGAUCUGUCUGGAAACAAUUUCUCUUACAUCAACGAUACAUUUUUUGACCCCAUUGCUUCAUUGAAAAUUGCAAAUUUAAGCAUCAAAGAAUGUAAAUUACAUGGAAUAUCUAAAAGAGCAUUGCAACACUUCAAAGAAAUUUAUAAAUUGGAUCUUUCAAUGAAUGAAUUGGAAUACAAGUCAAUACUACAAAUCUUAAGAUGGUUGAAUGGUUCUCAAAUUAAUAAACUGGAUAUAUCUGAUGUGAAAGGGGCUCCAACAUCUCUACCAGAAAAUGUUUUUGAAAGCAUGUACAGAAAUAGUUCUCUUCAUACAUUGCAUCUUCGAAAUUGGGAACUGGUCAAUGUCAGUGGAACAACAUUUAAAAAGAUGUCCACAUUGAAAAAACUUGACUUGAGUAAUAAUAACAUUCUUGAACUAAAAAUGGAAGGAUUUGACCACAUAAAACAAUUAAAUCUAACGUUGAAUGAACUUGCCUAUGUCCCAAAAAUGUGUGAUGCAAAUAAUAAAUCGUAUGUUCCUAGGUUAAAAUUUCUAUGGUUAGCAAUAAAUCACAUCUCGGACUCGCUUGAAUUCCAUCGACAGGGCCAUUGUUUUACUGAAUUAGAAUAUCUUAAUUUAUCUUUCAAUGCGAUAAGCAUUUUUAAAAAUAAUUCAUUUUCCUCAAUUAGGAGUUUGAAGAAGUUACGUUUGAACGAUAUGCUAACGUACGAUUUGAUUAUUGAAAAAGACGCAUUAAAGUCGAAAUCAUUGGAGGCUUUAUUCUUUGGAAGCAAUAAAAGAGUAACAAAAGAAAUGCUAAAAUAUGAAACUAUAUUCCAGAAGUGUACAAAUGUAAGAACAUUAGACAUGUCGCUUUUUGAUUUUUCUGCUUUUACAGACGAAGACUUUUUAAAAAUGUUAUCUCCACUUACACAUAUAAAACAACUAAUUUUACGCCAUUCUGUAUUGAAUUUCGUUCCAUUUAUAUCACAUUUGAAAACACUUCAGAUUUUGAAUUUACACGGUAAUUUUAUUCGCCAUGUUCACAAAGAUAGCUUUAUAAACAAUACAAACUUACAUAAAAUUAUUCUCAGAAAAAACCAAUUAACAUCUAUCCAUGAAGAUUCAUUCACAGAAGAUAUAUGGAAUAAUUCAAAUUUUACAAUCGAUGUUUCCUUUAAUCCUUUUGCUUGUGACUGUGACCUUGAAUGGUUCGUUAAGUGGGCAGAUGCACACAGAGAAAAAGUCAUUAAUUAUCAUUCCAAUCAGUGUGAUUCACCAAAAGAGUGGAAGGGUCGUCACAUAAAUAGCAAUUUACAUUACCUCAAAAUGAAAUGUCAUCCAUUGAAUCGAAUUUUCAUCAUCAUCCUGACUAUUGGUUCCUUUGUAUUUAUUUUUCUAUUUACCUUUGUACUUUUUCGAAAGUUAAGGUGGGAUAUUUUGUUUUAUGUACAUAACUGCCUGGAUGGAAGACGGAGAGGAUACCAUAGAUUGACUGACCAUGAUUUAAAAGAAUACGACGGGUUUGUUGCUUACAAUACACGUGACCGGAAGUGGAUAAUGUCUGAACUAGUUGACGUUCUAGAGAAAAAAGAAAGUUACAAGCUUUGUCUGCAUGAGCGAAAUUUUUUGCCUGUUGGAUUUCAUGUGGAUAACAUCUUUGAAAAUAUGGAGGCCAGUCGAAAACUUUUGCUAGUUCUAACAAACAAUUUCAUGCAAGAUCAAUGGUGCCAAUUUGAAACUAUAAUAGCCAAUCAGAAAUUAGCAGACGGUAACAAAAACAACAUUCUCCUGAUUCUGUUGGAUAAUAUUGAUUCCAAACAUUUUACAGCAGCACUGAAAACGUUGCUCAAAGAAGCUGAAAGUGUGGAAUGGACAUCUAAUUUAAACGGAAGGAAAUUGUUUUGGAAAAAGAUUAAGAAUUUUAUGUGCAAAUAGAUUUCCAGAUUCUUUAGUCUCGUUCAUAUUGUUAAAAGCUACACUGAAUUACUAAUGAUUGAGAAUAUUAAAGUAUAAUACUUUUACAGUUUCAUU